AUGUCUUACGAGCCCUCCUACUCCCCAGGCCGCUUUGUGCCUCGGAAGUCCGCUCUUGUCAAUUCGUUGGUGUUUGUCUCUGUUUUGGUCAAUUCAAUGACCUUAGGCUAUGAUGGGAACAUGAUGAAUGGGCUGAUGAUUUUGCCAUCUUUCUCUGAUUACAUGCAUCUAAACACAGCGACUAUGGCGGCAAGCUCUACUAUCAUCUGGGUUGGUAGUGCAGCCGUUUCGCCGAUUGGGGGCAUUCUACUUGACAAACUAGGCCGAAAGAAUGGUAUGCUAUCAGCAGCCAUUUUGUCGCUUACCGGCGUUGUCUUGCAAAGCGCGGCUCAGGAUAUUGCCAUGUUCAUCGUCGGACGAUUCAUUCUCGGAUGUGGAGUUGGACUCGGCUCGAUCGCUUGUCCGACAUAUGCAUCUGAGGUUGCCCCGACCAAGUACCGUCCGCUCAUGCUAGGAUUCUAUUACGAUAUCUGGUACUUCGGAGGUAUGGUUGCUGCUAUCGUUACUUACGGGACAUCUCAGAUUGAGAACACUUGGUCAUGGAGAUUGCCCUCCCUCUUCCAACUGCUUCCAAGUUUUCUUUGCUUGGCAAUGCUGCCUGUCAUCCCUGAGAGUCCGCGGUGGCUUGUUUCACAAGGCGAGCACGACAAAGCUCGCCAUGUGCUGGCUGCCACCAUGGCAAACGGCGACAUCACAGAUGCUGGCGUUCUGGACGCCUACCACCAGAUUUGUGGUGCUGUUGCUUUCGAAAAAGAGAACCCUGCCUCUCACAACUGGCUGGAACCUAUCAAAUCACCAUCGAACAGGAAGCGAGUUACGUUGGCUGUGUCAGUUGCUGUCAUCGGUAACUUGAGUGGCAGCGCUAUAGCCUCCUACUGGCUGGGGACUAUGCUUAGCCAAGCUGGCGUAACCGAUACAUAUAGUCAACUACAAAUCAACAUCGCCCUGAAUGUGUGGUGUUUUGCUUGUGCGGUGGUAGGAACACUACUUGCAGAUAAAAUUGGACGAAAGCCUCUUGGUAUCGGAAGUCUGACUUUUGCUCUGAUUUUCCUAUAUCUAGUCGGAAUCUUUACCAAGCUGUAUGGUUCUUCGACUGAUACUAGCGCCAUUUAUGGAACGGUUGCCUGUAUAUUCCUCUUUCAAGGCGGCUAUAGCUUUGGCUGGACAACAUUGCUUGUUAUGUAUCCGACGGAAGUCCUGAACUUUUCUCUUCGAGCAAAUGGCAUGGCUAUCUAUACGUUCACAUCCAACUCUGCAGGUGUUUUUGCAACAUUCAUUAUGCCUUUCGCGCUUGAAAAUAUCGGCUGGAGGAUGUAUAUCAUCAACGCUUCGUGGGACAUUCUGGAAGUACUCUUCGUUGCUUUCUUUUGGGUCGAAACUAAAAGAAGAUCUCUUGAGGAGAUUGAUGCGCUAUUUGGUCCCAGUGGACACCUGACUGUUGAUGACACCAUCGAAGGCCAUGAACUGAAAGAACCGCAUACCAGCACGCGACUUGAUAAGAUAGAGUCUAAGAGAUAA